GAUCCAAACUGAAACUACAAGACAUGGAUCCAAACUGAAACUACAAGACAUGGAACAUGAUUGUCUUACAUUCAUUUCUCUUUCUCAACAGAAAAUUCAGCAGAAGCACGGACUCGCACACUCUAUCAACUCCUAGUAACUCAGUUAACCAACAUAAAUCGUAAAAGAUACAUUCACAACACACCAGAUGAAGACUUUAAACUACCGUUCAACUUCACAAUUUGAGUGUUCCUUAACACCUGUUCUCACUCAGUAGCUGUCAAUAGUGGUUCUAUCGUACAAUUUAUGACUCUCGCUUAGUUUUUUUUCCCCUGAAAUUUUUGCACUUUUUUUUUCACGACCUUUUAAGUGUAUUUUUUCCUUUUUUUAGGAUCUGAUGGAAUGCUGUGAGGAAGGGAAAGGCCAACUCAAGUAGGCCCUGGAUGUGACUCUGAGCAUUCCCAAGAGAGCCAACGAUGCCAUGCAUCUCUCCGUGCUGGAAGGAUUUGAUGACAGCAUCGAGUCCCAAGGCGACCUGCUCCUACAGGACUCCUUCAAGGUGUGGGAUUCUAAGAUCCCAUUCAGGAUGGGGAAAAAUAGGCAGCUUCCUCUUGAAGUCCUUGGUGGUCUGCAAGGUGGUCAAGGAUGACAAGGGGAAGAGCAGAUAGCCGAGAUAAAGCUGACAGAGCACCUGAAGGGAGACCCCUGCAAAUUUGCUUUUUCGUUGGGCCGAACCUGGACAUUGAGCAAGAUUGUUCUGAAGGCUUCCACUGCUGAGCUCAAGAUGGACUGGAUCCAACAUAUCCGGAAGCUGAUCCAGCAGCACACCAUCCACUUGGGGGAGGCACUCAAAAGUCGAAGGUGCUAUAAAAAGCCCUGGAAACAUGAGAAAUCUCUCCAAUGGACACCAUGGGCAAGAUCAUCUUCUACGAAGACAAGAACUUCCAGGGUCGCAGCUAUGAGUGCAGCAAUGACUGCACGGACCUUCACUCGUUCUUUAAUCGCUGCAACUCUAUCAGAGUGGAGAGUGGCUGCUUUAUGAUUUACGAGCGAGCUAACUUCAUGGGCCACCAGUACUUCAUGAGGAGGGGGGACUAUCCCGACUACCAGAGAUGGAUGGGCUUCAGUAGCUGCAUCCGCUCCUGCAGGAUGAUUCCCGCAUACCGGGGCUCGUACAGGUUGCGUAUCUAUGAGAAGCCUGACUUCAGUGGUCAUAUGAUGGAGUUCAUGGACGACUGUGCCUGUGUGUCCGACCGUUUCCACCACCGCCAUAUCUACUCCUGUAAUGUCAUGAAUGGCUACUGGAUCUUCUACGAGUACCCCAACUUCCGAGGGCGUCAGUACUUCCUGAGGCCCGGCGAGUACCGGCGGUACCGCGACUGGUGCGCCACCUGUGCCAUUGUUGGCUCCUUCAGGAGGGUCACCGAAUUUUAGCCAUCAAGUGAAAG